AUGUCUUCUGCUAAGUGUUUGGUGUCUCUGAUGGUGGUGCUGGUGGCUGCUCUUUGUGUGGUUCAUGCAGAGGAGAGGAUCCAGUUGUGUGGGAGAGACCUGAUUCGUCUGGCCGUGUCGCACUGUGGUAACUCUCGGCUGAGGAGAACCAUCUCGUACGUACAUCUGGGGCAGCAUCAAAACACCUGGGACCAGGACGCCUCUGCAGAGGAGCACCAGGCUACGGAGACGGUCCACACAUCGCCAGAGUCCAAUGGAGAAAAGGAUGUGUUCACCUUGGCUCCUCACUUGUACCGCCUGUCCCCUCGAGUUAGACGGGCUGUCGGAAAAAUAUCUGACAUUUGCUGUGAGAAGGGCUGCAGCAUGAGGGAGUUGAUCCAGUUUUGCUAAAUGUAGUUAGGUCUACAUUGUAGAAUAAAAUGGUGUCUUAAAAUGUCCUGAUCUGUACUGCAAUGUUGAAAGAAACCUCAACAGAUUUGUCUUAUACUCGAGAAGAUGGUUUUGCAAUUUUAACAAUAAUGAAGCAUCCUUGAAAAUACUACACAUCCUUAACUAUAGAGAGUUGGUCAUAUUUAAUAAAAUAUUUACGAUGCCGUAAGGCAGGGGGAAAGAUAGAAUCACUUUGUUCACAUGGUUUAAUGUACAAAACUGUGUUUGAAAUUGAAAUUAUGGUUUAUUCUGUGUUUAUUUGAUUUAUUCCCUGUAUCAUUGUAGAAUAAGUUUAUUUCCUACCCUUGAACUGUAAUAAAGCUUUUGAUGAACAUUCA